AUGGACUCCGUCAGGAAGGCAGUUGGCGCAGAAGAGACAACCAAGUGCGCUCUUUCCAUUUUGGAUCACCUUCGAAGUCGAGCGCUUCUCAGCCCUCCUCUUGUGUCUUCUCCUUCUCCUUCAUUUCCUAUGGCUUCUUCGUUUCCUGUCGCUUCCCACUUCGGUGGGAUGUUGAUUACUUUGGCGCUGCGGAAGUGCGCGCGCCAGUGGAAGGGCCGACUAACUCUAGAAUUUGCGUGGCUCGUUCGCGAGGCGAGGAACCUGCUUUUAAGUUCGUCUCCUCUCCCAGCUGACUCCGGUUCCACCUCCUCUAGCGGUGAGGGCGGAGAUCCGAACGCGACCCGCGUGUCUCCUCUCCAUGCCGGGAGCUUCUCUGCUCUCCAACUCCCUGCGGCGUGUUCGGCGGCUUCGCUGUCCUUGAAGAGGCAGUUGGCGGUCGCAACUGACGCCCUCGCCCGUUUUUUUCUGGACGAAACGGAAGCGAUUGGCAUUGUCCACUGCGACCCUGUGGAGGCCGUGCAUCCUGGAGGAAGCGACAUGAGCCACCUGUCUUCUCCGUGGUCUCUGUUGUCUUCUGACGCCUACCCUGUGUUUCUCCAGAACCUCUUCUCUUCGGCUACACCGGCGUCACCCUUUCUCGAGGGGCCGCAGGUCCCGGCUCCGCGGUCUUUGUCCCCUUCCUGCUCGGCCGCCUCGCCUGUCACUCCGGCUCCCUUGGGCUCGAAUAGAGGCCGCUUUCUGCGCGACCGCACCUUGCAGUCAGAGGAACUCCGGGCGGCCCUCGCUGCGAGCCGACAGUCGCCCCUGACCGUCUGGCUAGCCGAAAUCGAGGUGCUCGCGGUGACGCCUCUCCUGCAACUUUUGUGGGACGCGACGCGCCAAGCCCGUGUCGAGAGCUGGCGGUACGUGGUGCUGGAUCCGUCUCAGGAUCUCGAACAGCGAGAAGAGGUCUUGAGGCAUCACGCUCACGUCCAGCUUGUCGACGCUGUCUACGCAAGAAACGGAUGCCCAGGCAACCAGGAGACAUCGUUCGCGGGCCGUCUGCAUAGUCCCUCUGAGAGAAACAGCGGCCAAAUCGAGGCGUCGCCCUCGAGGCGCAGAUCGAUGCAGAUCCGGCUGGCUAUGGCACCUCGACCUCUGUCGCCUGUCGCGUCCGUCGCUCCCGCGCUAGGCGAAGGCGAAGCAGAGGAAGGCAGUGUGCCCCCCUCCAGGUUACGACCUCCCAGUUCUGCCGGUGAGGACGCUCGGCCACAUCGGAGAACGACUGCGUCGACCCUGCAGAAGAGCGGUAGGGAAGCGAAUGCGCGUCUCUCUCGGACGUCGGUGCGCCCCGAGCUUCUCGACCCCGUACAAAGUCUCGUCCCGGAACCGCCCUCGCAGAGUUUGCCUUCCUCGAGCCGGGACUCAAACGCGUCUCCGUCGCUGGGCUCGUCUUUGCGGCUCUCUCCUUCCGCCUGCACGGCCGGUCUCGAGAGCAGAGACGGGGGAGGGUGGAGCAGGGAUUCAGAGCUGCGGCUGGUGGCAAGCGUCGUGGGUCACUUGGCACAGACGGCUCUCUUGGCGUCUCUCGCGCCGGCUCCGCGGCUUCUGCAGCUCUGUUUGUUGUGUGCUUUGAAUGCACUGCUUUGUUCGGUUCCGUCGCCGAGAGAAAUCGUGGACUUUUCCUCGGAUGCAUCGCGCCCAGACUCCGACAAGACGGAGGAAGAGGGCGCACUCAAGGCUGCUUACCCUCAUGUGCCGCCUGCGUCUCCGCCCCCUCCCAACGCCUUCGAUGUCGCCGCAACCUCGGCGAACGCCGCAAGUCGCCCCCUGAGCAACCCCGGAGUUGCCGGCGCACCGGCUUCGCCAAAGGAAACAUCGUUCAAAGAAGCAAAGCGCGAGAAAGAGCCGCUUCCUGUUUCUCUCUGUGCCUAUCUCCACACAGCUGGCCUCUCUUCUCUCCUUCCCUAUGGGCGAAGGCAGCUCGGUGAAAGCUUGCUGGCGCCGUCGGAUCUCGGGUCGGGUGUCCCGCUGCCGCACCUCGUUCUUCAGGCCCUCGGAGACAAAACAACUACGGGGCUCUCCGGUGGAGAAAGAAGAGACAGGUCUGUUCGUCAGGGCGCGGGGGACGCGGCUUCGAGAAGCGGCUUCUCAGUCGCCCCGCGCGCGACCAGCGGCUCAGGAUCGACGACUGGCGGCAAAGUUCUAUCGGUAGAAAGAAGUGGGAAGCCUUCCGUGAGGGCAAAAGGCAAGUCGAUCGGAGGGCCCGGCUACUCCGCAUUUGGGCCCGCGAUGGGUGAGGCGCGAGAGUGCGAAGGCGGGGAAGGCGCGACUUCUGCGGUCGAGAGCGGAGGCGGUGAUCAAGGAGUGGCGGCGCAACCGCUCGAGAGAACACCAGGAGAGAGCGAGCAAAGCUCUGGAGAAAUAAAACCACAAGAAUCCCCGCCGCCUCUCUGGGUGGCCUUCGGCAUCUUGGCGCAAAUGUGCGUCGACUUCUUAGCCAGCCACAACUCGGACAGAGUUCGCCUCAGCGCCAUUGCAUGCGGUGCCACGGCUGGAAGUGGUUGCCCCAGUUGGGGAGAUGUGCGCAAUGACGACCUGGAGGAAGAACGGAACGAAAGGAGAGAGGAGAGCAGGAAACAUAGGACGUUGCAGAACAGCGUUCAGGACCUGGCCUCGGCUUCUGAAGGAGGACAGAGGCCCGGACCUGAUGCCAAGCCUGCGAAACGCGAGGCAGGGAGUUGCCCAAGAGGUGGAAACGUAGGAAAGAAAAGUGGAAGGCCUCGAGGGCAGGACGGUGCCCACGAAGAAGGCGACGGAGAGAGAAGAGGUUGCAGGGGAAGGGGCGACGAGGAAGGUGACGGACGAGCCAAUGAGGCAGCAAACGGAGAGGGAGAGACGGAUGUCGACUUGCGGAGUAUCGGGCGCCUCUUCAUCUUCUGCAUCCAAGUCCUGACCCUCAAAUCGCGGUGGCACCAGAUUGUCGCCCUCUGCAUCCGCUUCAACGCACUCACGGGGAACCAGUUCGCGUUCGCCUUGUCCUCCUACGCCCUGGCGGCGCAGCAGCAGGUCGUGGCGCUCCACAUGGCGGCAGUAGAGGUCUCAAAGGAGCAGCUCAAGAAGGCCGAGCAAGAGCUUGGAAGCCUGCACGGAGACCGAAGAAAGAAACAAAGGCGUUCGGCCCUCCUGGGUCCAGCUACUCGUCAAGAGCGCUUGUUCUUCCACCGGAAGAAGUGCUACGAUGCCGUGCUGGAGGGUCAGCUGUUUUCACUGUCGUUGACGAAGGCCGUCGAGGCGCAGCUGCGACAAGAACGCGUCGAAGGGGGUAGAUACGAGCAGCUUCUCGGGCCGUGCUCGUCGGGACCCGCUUCGUGCCACUCGUCUUCCUUGGCGUCUCGGAAAAACCCCACAGAUCCUCUUCCUCCGCACUCCCUUGCUUCUGUCUCGUCUUCCACGGGUGUCUCCUCUGCGACUACGAGUACUCCUCGCGGGCCAGUGGGGCCCGACUCCACCGCACCCCUGAAGGCCUCAGCUGUGCUCCAGGCGUACUGCCUCGCGGAGCGCCUUCUCCGGAGACACCAGCAAGCGGAUCUCCUGACGCUGACCCUAUUUGAAAAAGGGAAUUUGCUCUGCAUCAUGGGCAAGGCGGCCCUCGCGGCGAAGGCCUGGCGCGAAGCUGUCGACGCCGCGCAUCGCCAGGUGGAUGCGGUGCUUCAAGCCGCGUGCGCCGAGUCUCUACAGGUAGGGAGAGAGCGCCAAAGAGAGUCCUGCGACGCCAGACGCUCCAGGUCCCCAGUCGGCGCUGGCGCUGUCAGUGGUCCAGAUCCCAGGGCCGGAGAGCAGCCUUCCGCGUGUGGUGAGGCUUCCUGCCUUGCCCCUCUCUCCUCCUCCGGAAAGGGUGGGCUGCCCUCGUCGGCGCCGUUCUCGACGGAGACGGGGAAGAAGCCUCGCAUUGCAUCAGGCGCUCCUGCGCCCCAGUACAGCGUCCUCAGUGGGCCGCAGAUGCGUCUGGAACUCCAGAGCCUCGUGCCGCUCUACUUCGCGGCUCGGAUCGGACACUUCAACGCCGUCGACUUCCACCUCACGAGCGCGCUGCUGGCGUCGCAGGUGGUGAGGCGCGUCCUGGCCGCGGCUGAGCCACACCCGUUAGAUCCUUCGCGCUUUUUCAAGUACCGCAGCGACGGAAAGUGCAUGCGCUACCGGAUGCGCGAGGUGUACCGCUUCGGCAGCUUCGAGGCGCUCUUUGAGGAUGCGCCUGGAGUCGGCGGCGCCAGCAUGCAAACGUUCUUGGCGGCCCUUCACUGGUUCGCCCAAGUCCUCGCUGACGCCCAGGUCCGUGCUGCAGAGGCUCAUGCCCUCUUCGCGCUCGCCGAGUUCCUCUCGGCCGAUGUGUGCAGACAUGCGAAGACAGUCACUCAAUGCCGGGCCAGACGCGCCAUGCUCCUCACCAGCACUGGCGACCUCCAAGCAGCCUACUGGCAACUCAUCGCAAUCUACCAAGGCCAAGACACCGAAACAACCACAGGAAUUUUCACUCGGGACUGCCUCGACGAAAUGAUCGAGCCGCAGGGCUCGUCUGGUCCUCUCCACCUCCCGGCCUCUUCAAGUUCUUCACCCUCUUCUUCCCCUUCUUCGUGUGCUAAUGGAGUUUCAUCGGAGGGUGGCUUUUUGAACUUUGAGCCUUUACGGCACUACCAGAACGCCCGAGCGGCAGGGACAGUGCUUGCACUAAAUCUCUCCCCACAACAAGAGCAGCUGUACAGUAGAGAUAACACCUUCUUCUUUGCCUUCGCUCGGGCCCAGUGGCUCUUCGCUGCAGACGCUCGAAUGCCCGUCUGCGUCGAUGCCGGCGGCCAGAACCUGGCGGAGCGCCUCGAGAGGCUAACGGCGCUGGAGAAUUUUCUGCGUGGUCUCGUGAAGGACAUCCUCACGGAACACGAGAGCGAGCCAAAGAGGCCAUGGCAAGAAGACCUUUCGCCCGCUGCUCCGACGUCGAGUAGAGGGCCAUCGAGACUGAUCAGUAGCCCGACAGGUGCGAAACAACACAUGGGACCCAGACCGAGAACUGAAGGGAACUUGUCGCCUCCUGCCUCAACCGAAGAGACAACUGCCUUUUCGAUGGAGACAGCCCAGAACCUACGCGGGCUUCAUCUUAUCAGUCCAGAUGCUUGGGAGAUUCUUCUUCGGGCCUUCCUCCUUCUGGCCAGAGUGUGUGAGUCGAGAGCGAGCCCUAAGCAGGCAGAGUAUGUUCUGAGGUUCGCCAUUCAACUCCUGCAACAUCGUGUGGCCGCUCUUCGCGUCGAUGCGUCGCUGCCUUGCAUUCUUUCUCCGUCGCGUCCCUCGGCGCGCGAGGCUGUCAGCGGGGGUCGGAGCAGGGAAGAAGACGGCACGGGAGACGGACAGCAAGAGAGCGACAUGGAGAGGGGGGACGGACAAGAACCAGCCGGAAAGGAUCGAAGAGCAGAAGAGGCAAGAGAGCCUGCAAGACGUCCUGCACCUCCUGACCUGAAGGCAGAUGUCGUGUUUCCGACGCCGGAGCUGAGUCUCCAACUCUAUCUGCACUUGGCGCAAGUGUUCCUGCAACUUUCUCGCCUGCAGUCCGCGUCUUCGCUCGUCGAGUGCCUUUUGGUCAAGUGCUCGGGACAUGUUUCGUCUCCUGAUCUCGAGCCGAAUGCUCCUCUCUCGUCCGGCUAUUCUCUCUCUCUCGCUUCGCCCCCAUCUCUCCCUUACGCUUCCUCGGCACUGUCGCGGCUCUCGACGAAGCCGUCGUUCUCGGACUCCUCUACUGCCAGUUUCUCUUCCUCGCCCGAGUCGUCGCCUCCCACUCCUUCCUCUUCCAGUUCUCCCUUCACCCUUCCGCUGCCGCCUCCGCUGGAGCGCAGGAAGUUGGAAACCUUGUGUGCGCCGCUCGCAGUCGUCGACUUGCUUCUGCUCCAAGCCGAAAUGCUGCUCUUGAAGGGAAGCGUUUCAGAGGCGCUUCACGCCGCUGUCGGUGCUUUGGACUAUGCAGAACGCUUGCGCCUCCACCGUUCUGUACAGUACGUGAACGCGUGUCAAAUGACGUACCUCUUGCUUGUCUCGAACGCCAACCUCGCCUCUUUCCUCGAGUCGCCGAGCUUGCAGAGAGCCUUGCAGCGAGGCGCCAAGGGGCUGCGAGAAGAUCCGAAACGCCUGUCACCUGUGUCGAGCGCUCCCUUUCCACAGAGCGGCAACGGCGAUCGAGGCGCGACCAGUCCAAUCCACAGCCAGGCUCGGCGCGAGGCGCUUCUCCAGGGCGGCUCGGACUUCUCUGUGGAGAGCUCUUCCAAGCGCGGCUCUCCCUGGAGCUUCGCCGUCGCCAGGCCCAGCCGCGGUGGACGCGACGGGACCGGAAGAGAAGGACAGGGGGGAGAACUUGGGGUCUCCUGCGUGCUUGCGUCCGCUUCGGUGUCUGCGUCUCGGGGACCGGGGCGAAUGAAGCAAAGUGCGCGGAGGUGCGAGGGGGACAUGGAGCUUGGAGAGGGAAAGGAACCACGCAAAGGUCUGGUGACCCCGGCGCCGGUAUCGUUUUUGAUGUCGCGCUUUGGGUCUCAUCCGCGAGAGCGACAGGGGACUGCGAGGAUGACCGGCGUUCUCCUCGCUCUUCCGCUGGUCAAGAAGGCGGCAGAACUGGCAGCACAGAGGGGGAACAUUCGCAGUGCUUUUGACGUUCUCUCCCCUGUAACUUACGCGUCUGGCAGCGCACACUUUACCCACCUCGCGGUGCUUCAGAGCCUCCUUAUUAGCGCCAUAGAGCAAGUCGACGACGGGACGCUGGAAAAGGAAGGCGGCGCCUGCGGCAACAGAGAAGAGUACGAAGCGCAUUCUGCUCUGAAGACUGUCUCUUUCUCGGCUGGAAAGCAGCACGCCGUGCAGAGGAGCGCAGACCAGCGACCUCAGUCGGCUGGAGAACUCGCUUUUGCAAACGACCAGGCAGGCGACGAGACGUUCACGUCGGGGCCAGAGCCUCAGCGUCGAGACAGUCUGCGCCUCAACAGAGUCGGCAACCUCGCGUCGUCGUCUUUUGGCGCCGAUUUCGACGCCGCUGUCAUCGUCAGCUUGAUAAACGCCGUUUCGCCAAGUGAGAUCAGCGGAUUCUCGACCGUCUCUUCUUCCAGUUCGACCGCGGGGGUUUCCGUUGACGUGCCUUCUGCGUCUCUGCUGACUCCUCUGAAAGCGUUCAUCUCUGAACUGUUUCCCCUUUCGCUCCACGUGUCCCAGACGCCUACCCCGUACCCCAGGUGGUCCGAUCUGCUUUCUGGAGAAGCCCGUUCCGCCCUGGCAGCUCCCCUGACCGGCCCAGCGAGCGAGGGCCAGUGCAAGGCGCCUGAGGCGACUGCGCCUGCUGUCACUGGGAGAGAGCCGAAGCCCAACCUCUACGCGCCGCAGCAGGAGCAGCGGCUGCAGCUGGGAGUGGAGCUCGUCGAAGUUCUUUUGAAGAGAGGCGACUACGGGCAGGCGGGACUGCUGGUCUCGGACCUGGUGCCACGCGUCGGCCGGAUAGCGGCCGCAUUGCCAUUCCUGAGUGCUCGCCUGGGGCUUCUGCAUCUUCAGACCAGGCGGUUGGGCACAGAUCUCUCCCGGCUGGAGAGGAACCUUUUGCGGGUCGUGGACCCGAACCUGCGGAGUCCGGCAUCCAUCCUCCGGCCCUCGGAACAGGGAAGCCAGAACAGACACUGGCUCCACCAGGUCGGCAAGUACGUGGGGAGCGUCAUGAGUCUCUCAUUCUUCAUCGAGACGCUCUGUGGACACGACUUCGCGCUCCUUCUCGCCCUGUAUCAAGAGGGUAUCCGCGGACUCCUCACCUACUUUUUGCUGGAGGAAGGGUGCCAAAAUGCCUCGGCGCCGAGGCAGGGCGCGUUCAUGGCAAUCCACGCUUUCGGUGCAGCAGCCGAAGAGACGAUGAGGCUCCAGAGACAGGCUCUGAAGGGCGCCCUAGCGCCGAUGAUCUUCGGGCCGCCUGAUACAGAGAAAAGCAGCGCGACUGGUGGGCCAGGCGCCGCGCUCCUCACUGUCCCUCCGGCCUUUUCCUCGCUGGCCGGUGGCGCCCAGCAAGCCAAGGACGGCGACAGAGGUGACAAGGGCGAGCUAGCGCUGGACACGGGAAUGCUCCCACCACCUGUCGUUAAAUAUCUUGCCGCCUUGACUUCUAACGAAGUGAAAGGCACUGGUAGCUGCGGAAGCACAGUAUCCACCCCUGGUACGUCUUCGAACUCCUAUGAACUGCGUCCCUCCACACUCGCAGCAGUUCGCAUUGCUCUUUUUAGCGCCCCAAUUCCCUUGCAAAAAAGAGUUCCAACGCCGUUGCCCCACUUCCUGAAUGCUCUUUUGUAG